AUGGCGACACCGUCGACUUCAGUCACUGCGUCAUCCACAAGGAUCCGCCGUACGCCGCAGCUAGCACAGCAGCCAUUGCGAUCAACAUACCGAACAUCGAAACCCGAACCUGGCGAUCUUCAGAGCAAUGGCACCCGUCCUUAUUCGACAGCGGACAACGCGCCGCAGCCUACGGACUCGGGCAUUGCGCCUCUUCCGCACCGCCGCCUCAUAUGCCUCUCCGGCCCGGACACAGUCAAGUUCUUGCAGGGCUUAAUAACGAACAACGUUCAUGCGGACCGCCAUGAGCCGUUCUUCGCCGCCUUUCUCGACUCCAGAGGUCGAGUGCUAUGGGACGUCUUUGUGUGGGUAUAUCCGGAGCUACUGGCAGAGAAGGAAAACUGGAGCUGCUACAUCGAAGUCGAUGCGUCAGAGGUCGAAGCGCUGAGAAAGCACUUGAAGCGACACAAACUCAGAAGCAAGGUUGCCAUUGAGGUUGUGCCAGAAGAAGAGCUGGGUGUGUGGGCAGUGUGGGGUCAGGCACAAGAGGGCAUCAACCGGCAGGCGGUAGUUGCAGACCUGUGUGAUCCACGUGGUGACCAGUCAACUCUUUGGAGGAUCCUUGCAAAGCCUAACAGCGGCCUUGUCGGCGAUGGGUUGGAGACACGAGACGUACAGCAGUACCAUUUGCAGCGCUAUAAGCAGGGAAUUGCCGAAGGGCCGCAGGAGAUCCCAAGAGAGAGCGCGUUGCCGAUGGAAGUCAACAUCGACCUGGCACAAGGCAUAGAUUUCAAGAAGGGCUGCUAUGUUGGUCAGGAGCUUACUAUACGGACCAAACACACCGGUGUUGUUCGAAAGCGGAUACUACCUGUGCAGCUGGACUUUACCGGCGAUGCUUUAUCCUCGACAUCAACUCUUGAAGCGGGAACAGACAUCAAGCAGCUUGACGAGACGGGCGCGAUAAAGAAGGGUCGCGCAACUGGCAAGUGUGUCGCUAACAUCGGUAACGUUGGCCUUGCAUUGUGCAGAUUGGAGAUGAUGACACCCAUGAGAAUUAGCGUUGAGAGCGGGAGCUACAAAGAGGGUAUCGAGUUUGGUAUCAGCGUGGGAGAAAAUGGGCCGGUAGUCAAGGUCAAACCGGUGCUGCAUCAGUGGUUUGAAGAAAGGGAGAGAACCUUGUGGGCUAAAAGCAAGCCUAAGAAUAUGGUUCACUUGCAGCCUGAGUAGUAAGAAACAAGCGAAAGAGUCUU